GACAGUGACGUUUAUGUUUACAUAAUUGUGUAUAUUCUUAUAACUUUCGUGAAAAUCUACAAAACCUCUUAAACAACCUAAUUAAUUUGAGUAACAUAAAGUGUAUAAUAUCUACCGUUGCAAUAAUUGUUAUCGAAUGAUAACAUUUAUCACGAGCAUUCCAGGGAAUUUCUAUUGUGAAAAUGAUAAUGCAUGAAAAUAGGAAUUUAGUUUAGAUAUUCUCAUUAUUAACAAUUACCUUCCUAUUAUUAUCCCAUGUACGAUAAAGUGUUUGGGUAGGAUUGCUGUUCAUAAAACGGGAUUUCUUUUUAUUUUAGAUCCGUUUUUGCGACCUAAAUACCAAUGCUACAGAUAAUAAACUAUUAUCAUAACGAAUUUGACACUAUCUUUACACCAUCAAACUACACUUGGAAUUGCUAAGAUUCUUUAAUAUUCAGCAGAGCUCUGUUGGGAUACCAUAUUGCUCUAUAAAAAAACCUAUACUUUCAAAUACAUUCCAGAAUGAUGUUGUCCAUAUUGCUAUCGCCAUGGGAACACCAGGCGAUAAGGCGGAAAUCGGAAAGGUAGUGAAAACAGAACUGCAAACACAACUGGAUCCAGAUCAACCGAGUCUACCUUCGACCACCACCGAACAGGCCCCCAUUCCCACAGUUUCUCAAUCGGUAGCAAGUACAUUGUUAGAAAUGGGGGUAGUUUCCAGGUUGCCGCAAUACGAGACGCCACAGUUCGGCACUUUUGCGGUGGAACAAGUUGAUCCGUCACUGUCACAUACCAUCGUCAAACCUGACGUGUUCCAACAGUCAAGCAGCAUAGGUUUAGAGCAAGCUACAAUAGAAGAUUAUUUUACACAGUCCAAGUAUUAUCCAAUUUCAGAGAGCCUGCAAACUUUAUUUCCCGUACCAACGAAAACAUUCCCUAGCAUUGAUCAACCUGGACCGUCAGGUUUGCAGACGCCUAAAUCAAAGUCUUCAGGAGGUUUACUGAAAUUAAAAAAAAGUAGAAAGCAGCAGAUUCCAGAACAGACGCCUUCCAAAAAAUCUCACACUUGUCAUAUAUGUCAGAAAAACUUUGCUAGUCUAGAGAAAUUAAACAAACACCAACAAACUCAUACGGGUUCAUCUCCUUUCAAAUGCGAACACUGUAAGAAAAGUUUUACUUCGAAAUUUAAACUAGUGCGCCAUGCUUUAAUUCAUUCUGAUAGGAAACCCUUUAGUUGCAGUGUAUGUGAAAGAACUUUUCAUCGAAAGGAUCAUCUAAAAAAUCACAUAAAAGUCCACAGUCCGCAGAAAGAAGUGUAUACGUGUAAAAAAGAAGGUUGUAAGAAACAAUAUACCUCUUUGUUAAGUUAUAAAAAACAUUUGGCAGUUCACGCCGCCGAAGAAGGAAAUCUAAUUUGCCAGAUAUGUUCAAGUAGCUUCGAAACGAAAGAAGAAAUUUUGUACCAUUUAAAAAUACACGCCGGUAGUAGGACAGUAAAAAAUCCCAAUGAAAAAAAAUUUACUUGUGAACAUUGUGAUAGGCGGUUCUUUACCAAAAAAGACGUACGACGGCAUUUAGUUGUUCACACGGGAAUGAGAGAUUUCCUAUGUCAGUUUUGCCCCCAGAGGUUUGGAAGGAAAGAUCAUUUAGUUAGGCACAUAAAAAAAUCGCACAAUACGAAAUAUAAGUCCGAAGAAGCUCUACCUACUGCCGUAAAAACCGAAACGGAAACGGUGAAACCCGAAACCAUCACGAGUACCGAAUUAGAAAUAAAAUCUGAGUUUUCCGAAAGUAAUCUUUCCGAUCCAGAAGCUUUUAGUCCCGACUUGGAUUUCUCUCUAAAGGCAAUCUUUGAACACGACCUGACGCCAUUUUUGGGACAGGAAGAGAGCAGUUUAUUCCUGCCCUCAACAUCGGGGCAAUCCGAACUGAAAGAAUUGGGCAGUGAAAUUUUAGAGGAGAUCGAGGAAACCCCUUCGACAAGUUCUGGCGUAGUAAUAGAAGAACAGAAUUUGCCCAGCACGAGUCAGGAUGUGCUGGAGGAACUGAAUCCAGAACUUUUACGAAGACUUUUAGAAUCAUCUGGAGAUAAAAAUCUGCCACUUCCAGGUUUUAGCCAAACUUUCCAGUCACCCCCUCCUGCUCCCCCCAAAUAACCCCCCUCCACCCUUACAGAAUCUUUAUUAACUUUAGAGUUUUGUGACUCUACAUAUACGCUUUUAACAAUACUGUUUUUAAUUCCAUUUAUUAUGGGGUAAGUUUUGUUCUUCAGGACCGGCUCUGGUUUUAACAUUUGACGUAAACGCAUUUAUGUUUUGGCCCGCUUUUUAAACUGCCCGGUGUUACUAAACUUUAGCGUUGCUUAUUUGACCCGAGUUAAUACAUUAUCGUUUGAUGUUCGUUUAAUGAAACAUAUUUUUAUGUUUUUCGAUUUUUCAGUGUCUUGAUCAGAUCAAUACAAGAAUCGCACUAACUAAUUCGUUUUGACUGUUCACGGGCUCUGAUUGGCUAUUAGUAUUUUCUGUGUGAUUCUUUACAGAGACAUAAGUUUUUCGAGAUAAUUUGAAUUACCAUUAAGUCUUUAAUCUCUCAAUUGAGGCGUAAUAGGCAGUUGAUGUUCCACAGACAUCUAAUUUAUUUAUUUCCUCAGAAACAGUGACAUUAAGGCUUUUAAGGCCCGUAAAGUACUUGAUCGUUGUCAGUUACACACUUACAAUACACCACACUUACAAUGCACUUCCAUAGCUAGGAAUGUUUGAUUUGCCUUUGUUGCUCUUGGGCUAGAUUUGUGGGGGGGACUGACUGUCAGAACGCCUCGACCCAUCCAGAUAUUAACAGCAACAAGAACUCAAAUCUAACCAGGUGGCCUAGAGGUUCUGAUAGAGGGUCCGUCCUUAUAGAGCCUAACCUCAGAACAACAGGGGUAGGUUGAGGAUUCUCACCUAAAGCUAAGGAAGAGCAUUAUAAGUCUCUAACUGAAGGGGACCAGAUAGAUAGGAUAGGGCAUAGCAAUCCGUAAAAUUCAAUUGGAGAACACAGAUUGAUUGCUAUUGGCUAAAGAGGAAAGAAAGUCAAAAUGAACCUAAUCAGUGAGAUCCAUUUUUUUUUAUUUCAGGAAAUGACUUCUAAGCCCACAGGGAAAGAUAAACAUUUAAAAUAGGAAUUGCGGACCUUGAGAUCUCGAAAAAAUUGAUCUUAUUAAAAAAAAAUCAUUUUUCAUAAAGUCACAGCGUUAUGGUUUGAACAAUCAAAUGUGAUAUCAAACUGCAAUUUAAAUAGAUGCAUUAUUGUGAAUAAAAAAUUAUUUUGCAUAAAAAUUUAAAAAAUCAGUUGGCGAAAAAAAU